GAGGCCGUGGCGGGAAUUCCGGUGGCGGCGUUGCGGCCGAGAGCGAGCGGCGCCGGCGUGUUUCACUGCAGAGGGGUGACUGCUUGCCAUGAGUUCACGUGUUUCCCUCUGAUCCGCUGUUUGCCGGCCUUGGAGCGGGAGAUGGCUACGGAAGCCAAGGAAGCCAAGUACAGCAUCGUCAGAGAAGUGGGCCGAGGGAGCUACGGGGUGGUUUACGAGGCCAUCGUUAACCAAACCGGCGGCAAAGUGGCUGUGAAAAGGAUGCAUUGCAACGUGCCUGAAAACGUGGAGCUGGCCCUGCAAGAGUUCUGGGCCUUGCAGAGCAUCCAGAGGCAGCACGAGAACGUGAUCCAGUUGGAGGAGUGCAUCCUGCAGAAUGGCCGAGUCUUCCAGCCCAUUAGCCAUCGCUACAGGAAGUCAGACAGCCACUUGCUGCUCAUCGAGACCUGCCUGAAGGGGCGGAGGUGCAUGGAUCCCAAAGCAGCCUGCUACCUCUGGUUUGUGAUGGAGUUCUGUGACGGGGGUAACAUGAAUGAGUACCUGCUGUCCCGCAGCCCCGACGCUCAGCUGAACAACAGCUUCAUGCGGCAGCUCAGCAGCGCCGUGGCUUUCCUGCACAGAAACCAGAUCGUGCACAGAGACCUCAAAUCUGACAACAUUUUGAUUUCUCAUCAACGAGGAAGUCCCAUAGUAAAGGUGGCAGAUUUUGGCCUCAGCAAGGUUUGCCAGGGGAAAGGGAACGUGAACCAGCAUCGCUUCUCCUCUGCAUGUGGGUCCAACUUCUACAUGGCUCCGGAAGUGUGGGAAGGUCACUACACGGCCAAGGCCGAUAUAUUUGCCCUCGGCAUCAUUUUCUGGGCCAUGGUGGAGAGAAUCACCUUCCGAGAUGGGGACACAGAGAAGGAAUUGCUUGGAACUUACAUCUGCCAAGGCAAGGACCUUAUUCCCCUUGGAGAAGCCUUGCUGGAGAAUCCCAACAUGAAACUCCAAAUUCCCCUGAAGAACAAGAAGGCCAUGCCAGAUGAUCUCUGCAAGCUCCUGCAUGACAUGCUGGCUUUUAACCCCAAGGAAAGACUGGAUGCCUUCCAGCUAGAAGUUCGGAUCAGGCAAAUCUCCUACGGCAAAAAGCGUCAACGCUCCGUCUCAUAGAGAGGAAGGACAUUCAGGUGCCCUGCUGUGAUCCAGAGGCCUCAGAGACUGGAACCAACUCCCCCUUCCUUUGGAUCAGCGGGUCCACCAGGAGAGCGUCGCAGCUUCCAGUUCUCCCUGAACGGUUAUAUUUAACAGACAAUACCUUUUAUUUAUUUGUACAGUAAUUUUCAGAACUACAAAAAAGAAUAUUUUUAUGCAAACCUUGGUUAUUUUUAUCUUUGCAGUGUUUUCAUGUAGUGAGUAGCACAGUUGGGACCUCAGCUGAGGUGACCUCUGCCGUGUGGCCACACUCGGCCCCGUUGCAGAGGAGUGUCUGAACUUGCUGUUUUUAAAGCGCCCUCGGUCCAUGCUGUGGACAUCUCCGCUUGGGGAUGGGUUUCUUUGCCUUGUGACAUGUUGAAUCUGCCUUCCCCACCCCGUCUCCUUGGCGAGGAAGUUGUCUUUAAGGAGGUGUCAUUGGAACUGUUUUGUGUGUGUAGUUCGCUUGGACCACGUCACAGAGUGAUGUUUGCUGAAUGAGCUGACAAAGCGGUCUCUGCUCUGAAAAGCUCCUGAGCAGAAACAAGGAAAGAUGUAUUUUCUUCACAGUGUCUUUUUGAAUAUUCUUGCUUAGAUUAACUAAAAUGCUUUCUUAAAAUAAAUACAAAGAAUGUUAA